CUCAUGGGCUAGGGUCUUGGCUCUGGACAAUGGCGUGAAUAGAGUCACUACAAUGGUUGGCGUCCGGUUAAAUAACACCCUCCGUGCUGCUAUUGUCCUGCCAUUGUUCUUGCCAGCCAGCCCAUCUUCGCUACUGUUUCAUCGCAGUCACCUUUUCCUAUCUUCUCACUUUUCUCCUUUGUGUCUUCCUUGCAGUCUUUGUUACUCCUUCCCAACACUGCUUGACGCAGCUAGUUGUAAUUUUCUCCUCUUUCAUAAACGAUCCAGGACCCCUUACAAGACCGGCAGAACCUUCAUCUUGCAAACAUAAACCACUCUCCAAUUACCGCCCACGACCUUACGUUUCGUCGACGACACCCACAACCCCCAAGGCUCGGACUCUUCACUCGACUUUCCUUCUCCCAACCUUCCACCAGCAAUCACGAAAAUGGGUUUCUGGGCUUUCUUCGCCAAGAAGGGCAUCUCCAUGCUCUGGAAGAAGCACAAGGAGCGCAAGAACGGCGGCGCCGAUGCUCCCGGCGAACAUGCAGGCUCCAAGUCGAGCCUCCCGCUGCUCGACUACUUUGUCUACUUCCUCCCCUUGCCCAUAAUCCUCUUUUACCUACUCUGCUUUACCGGAUGCCUCGGCACCUCCCCCGGCAUCCCGAACCUGAACCUCGUCUCGCUGGUCCAGAACAGCAACGGCACGGGGGAGAUGACGGUCCGGAUCGGCCACUUCGGCAUGUGCUUCACGGCCGAGAACGUCCCCACGGCCUGCACCUCGGCCGUCGGCCAGACGGGCGAGUCGCUGGCCCAGCACUUCCUCUCCGUCGCCGGCAGCAACAGCACCACCACUUCCUCCUCCUCCAACAACGGCACCGCCUCGUCCGCCAAGGGCCAGGCCGCCACGCAGCUGCUGUCGACCGCCAAGGUGAUCCAGUCCAAGAUCUUCACCCCGCUCCUGCCCGCCACGGGCGUCUUCUUCGUCCUCGGCCUCGCCGCCCUGGCGGUGCUCGCGCGCCUGGCCAGCCGCGGCGGCGGGCGGCCCUACGUCAUGGCGCGCCGCCUGCUCAUGGCGCUCCUGUGGGGCAGCGCGGCGGGCUCCCUGAUGGUGGCGUUGGCCACGACGCAGACGUCGGCCGCGCUCGAGUACGCCGCCACCACGGUCCACGGCAGCGGCCCGUCCGCGUCCGGGAGGGUGCUGUACCGGGGCGCCUCGGUCGAGGCGCUGCAGUGGGUCAUCGCCGUGCUCCAGUGCUUCUUCGCGCUCCGCAUGGCCUACGCCCACAGGAGCACCAGCCCCGGCGGCGCGGCGGCCCGCAGUGGCGGAGGAAACUUUGAGAAAGACGCCGAGAUGGGACACAUGAAUGUGUAAGUGGGUGUCCAGGACUGGCAGAGAAAGUAGUAAAAGAAUUUCCAUCACUCGAUGGACUGGCAUGUUCGCGGAUUCGAUCUUGGUAGCUAGUGCUACAACACCGGACGCUGAGUUAAUAAUAGCCUCGAAGGCCCGGGGCAGGUAAAACUCCGAGGCGGGCAUGGUUUUGUUGUACCCGAGGCCGGCUUCGUCUCUUGGGUACUUGUAAGAAUAGCGUCAUGAUUUUGCUGGGGGUCGGCUUUCUAGUUUUCUGAUUUGAUUGGGUCGCCUGGCGUAUGGACUGGACUCAAUAAGAACCAGGGCUUGUUUUUUUUUCCCCGACAGGGCUGCUCGUCUUGCACAAGAGCGGCGAUCAUAUGUGUAGGUGGGCA